AUACAAAUACUUUACAUAUCGACGGCUCCAUCUCUAUCUCGACUGCUCUCGUCAUUUUUAUUUUUUUUAAUCCUUAGAAACAUCUCUUCCUGCGGAUUCAUGUCGGAGAAGGGUCGGCCAUUGCCUAAGUUUGGCGACUGGGAUGUUAAUGACCCUGCUUCCGCAGAGGGAUUUACUGUCAUAUUUAACAAGGCCAGGGAUGAGAAGAAGACAGGUGGGAAACCUGAGUCACCUUCAAAGGUGGAUACAAAUACUAAGCAUGGAGUGGAACCUUUAAAACCUCAGGGUAAGAAAUGGUUGUGCUGCAUGCAGAGCCCCCGAGCAGAAUCUUGAUCAAGUUGUCUGUGUAAAAGAUCAAUAUAGGAAGGGCAUCUCUAUAACGGCUCAAGUUAUAUAUGCCUUCAGAUAGAAUUUGCAGGUGUUAUCCGGCACCAUUUGUGUUGUGUAAGAGACGAAUAUGAAAAACUUGAACAAACCCGUCUGUUAUAUUUUGCGGAUCAUCACGAUGAAGUUGUGUUCGAUGGUCCCUUUGUAUCCUGUGGCCUGUAGAGCUUUUGUUGUCUCGCGUUAAUUUUUAAAAUCACUUGCAUAUUUAUUUGUUAAGCAAACGUUUUUACAUUAUCUUUCUCAA